AUGUCGGCACACAUUCUGCUAUAUCUGAACACUGAGGUGGAUGAUCGAUUUGAUGAAUUGCCUAUUGUGGAGAAAGAACUAAAGAGGUCCUUAUGUAGGAAGCAAGCAUAUGAGGCACUUGCAAUAGUAAUGCCAAUGGAGGUGGUUGAAGAAGUUUUAAAAGAAGCUUCGAUACUAAAUAUUGAAGAGGAGCAACCAUUUGAUGAUCUGUCUCGGAUGCUCAAAGAGGCCACUUCCUGGGAAGAGAAGGCUAGACUUAUUCUUGAACGAUCAGCUUCUCUCUAUGAGUUUGAAGACCAUAUGAGGUGUUCAGAGGGAAUCAGAGUUAUCCUUCCGUCUAAACUGCAUAUGAAAGCAGAGGUUGAUAUUGCUAAAUUGUGGAUAGACAAAUGUCAGGCCUAUUUGAGACCAAGCUGCAAUAAACUUGCAUUUGGAGACUUUCUUAAAGUUGAUGAUAUCAAGGUUCACAAAAUCUGGAUAGUUCUAACCUUAGAUUUGUGGCAGCUUGUUAACAAUAUUUUUCAGAAGCAUGCUAGGCCUGCUCCAUAG